AUGGAAUAUGAUGACUUGCCAGAAAGUGGCAGCUCCAAAAAGCAUGCACGCCCUCUGCCGCUUCUCUCACCACUAAGCCGAACUGGCCUAAGGCCCACGUGGGCAUCCAAUGACCAAUGGCCUUUGACAAGAGCCUUGGAGCCUAUCCUGGCCAGCCGGAGGGUCGCGCAGAAUGUGCCGAACGCGACGAACGUGACAAAUGUGACAGAUGUGACGACAAAUGUGACAAAGACAUUAAAGACACCAAGAAUUCCGUCUGCUCAGCCAUCAGAGCGAAGAGUUGGGCCAGAGGUGCCCCAAGCAAGACAAUGGAAACCAAGCUUGCCAACAUCAAGAGUGGCGGAGCUUCGCAAGAGGCACAAGAGUCCACUCGCAUCUACAUGCUUUGAUGAGCAGGACGAGUCGACACCAUCGGCUGCAUCAGGUGACCAUGCCAUUAGCUUGCAAAGGCUGUCCGACAACAUAUCUCCUUUGACCAUGAAUGAGUUGCUUUACGCACGCAAGUCAGGCAGCCCUAUUGUCUUCAGACACGAGGAACACUGGAAAGCUGUUGAGGAGUAUGACAAGGAUAUGGCAGAUCUAGCCCGAGAAAGGCACGAGUACUGCAGCGUAGUCGCUGCACAAAGCCGCGUCACUGCUGUGAGGUGGAGAGAAGCUCGGCAGCGAGAUCAGAAGCUUUUUGAGCUGCACUAUCACUUCAAGGACCCGACCUUCGCUGGAUCCGUGCUCCCAGAAGCAGCUUUUUACACAUUUGCCGAGAAAAGUGAUCGGCUCCAUACGACCCCCGAGCUCCAGGAUGAAGAUCGAGAUGUGUAUGUCAAGAUGGUCAAGGACGAGACUCCAUAUGAAAAGCAGGAGCGGCUUCGCAAAACCAAGCUGCAAGCAGUGAUGAGAGUUGGUGAAGCCUUGUCAGCGAAGAAGACAUCCCGCAAACUUCAGGACAAGUUGAAGAAGCUGUCCACUAGAGCACACCGGAUGAGGAAGGUUCUUUCGAAAUCAACUUCUUUUUCGGUUGCAGCCAACGAGAAGGAUGACAAGGCAAAAGACUCAAAAGAGUCAGAAGCAUCAGGAACCAGGAAACUUGGCUUGAUGGUCAGAAACGUAUCAGAGGUUAAAUCGGUGAAAGCACAAGGUCCAGGUGCAUGCCUCUAUGCAGGUUCAGUGAGCUUUAUGGCUGGAUUGAAGGAGCAGGUCGUGCAGAUGUCGUGUUUUUCCAAGUACAACAUAAGUGGAACAGGACUUCUUGACCAGGCUGAAGUCAUGGACUCUUUAGAAGGACUUGGUUUAACUCCCAAAAACGAGCUGGAGAGGGAAGAGGUGUCUGGUAUUCUGCUGAACUUUGAAAAGCUACAAUUCACCCUCGAUGAUUACUGCAACGAGGUGGUUCCAACAAUCAGACAGAAAGUGAAGGAGUUAAGACGUCCAAAUUUGGGAAAGCUGUUCAAGAAGUUGGACACAUUCGAGCGGAGCAAGUUGUCUAUCUCAGAGAUCAUGAAGUCCCUUCUCAUUUACGGAUUUGAAGUCUAUGAGGAAGCACUGAAAGCAGCACUCAAAGGCUUCGCGCAAAAGACAGGUCGAAGUGAGAAGCUCCUGUCAGCCGGCCUCGCGACGCUAGAUGAAGAUGCUUUUGCUGAAUUUGUGUGCCUGCAGCAGGAGCUUGCAGAACAAGAGCGCGUCUCUCGCCUAGAAGACCUGGUGAGCAGAUUAGCUCUCUCGGACGAAGAGCAGGAGCUCUAG